AUGUCCCAAUUACGGAAGAUCAAAAACCAAGCUCUGCAAGCUGAGAGAGAUGUAUCGACAUCAACCACCCAGCCUGAGGCCCUUGAGGCUGCGAUCAGAGCUGCUGAGACUUACAUGAAUGCUCUAAAUCUUACCACUGACCCUAAUGAAAGGAAAUGCCUGGACGCCAAAUGCAAAGAAUACAUUACACGUGCUGAGCAGAUCAAACUCCUGAAGGGGUCAACUGGAGCAUCGGCCAAUACACAAAGGACCCGGAAAGAACCACAAUCCACCCGCUCCCUUUCUUACCGAGAACAGAUUAUUUUACUUGAAGAUUCAAAGCUGAAUGGCUUUGUUUUUCCUCCUUGGUCAGGAGGACCUGGCCCAGAAGAGUUUGAGUUGGAUGAAAAUGGGGAGCCGUUCAGUGAUUGUUCUGAGCUCAAACUUUCAAAAGCACAGCAGAAAAUAUUCAAUGGUUGGAAGAGACCAAGUGAAAUAUUUGCAGAUGCCAAGAGCGACAUCAUCAUGGUGAGCAAUGAACCCAUGGAUUUAGCCCAAGAUGUAACAACAGAUUGCUCUGUUGUUGCCAGCUUAUGUGCUGGCGUCUGCCAAAAUAAUGAUGGACAUUCCCAACUGGUGAAAUCAGUAAAAAUGUAUCCAUCUUGCCAAUACACUUCUAUUCCACAGAUCUCAUUGUCUGGGAAGUACAUUUUCCGCAUGCAUUUUAAUGGCUGUUAUCGGAAAGUGGUUAUUGAUGACCGAUUACCAACAUCAAACUCCUCUAGCUCCCUUUAUGUUGCUGACCGAAACUGUCCCACAUCAAUAUGGCCAGCCCUUGUGGAGAAAGCAUAUUUAAAAGUACGGGGCGGUUAUGAUUUUCCUGGCAGUAAUUCCGGAACCGAUAUGUGGAUUUUGACUGGGUGGAUUCCGGAGCAAAUUUUUCUGCAUCAUGAUGAGGUUGGCACAGACCAACUCUGGUCUCGCCUUUUCGGCUCCUUUCAUUCUGGAAAUGCUUUGCUCACUAUAGGCACUGGGAAAUUGACUAUACGGGAGGAAAAAGAGCUUGGGCUAAUCAGCUUGCACGACUAUGCUAUUCUUGAUAUGAAGAACACUAGUGGCAAACGCCAGUUUCUUGUUAAAAACCCUUGGGCUGGUGGUGCUGUGUGGAGAGGCUUAGGCGGAUCUUCCGCAAUUUCUACCCCCCCAGCAGCGGGGUCUGGUUCUCAGCUAUCCGGGAGAUCGUCAUUAUCUCCAGGGACAUUCUGGAUUGACUGUGAUGAAAUGCUCCAGAACUUCGAAAAUCUAUACGUUAAUUGGGAUCCCUGUCUUUUCAAAUACCGCCAGGAUAUUCACUUUCGAUGGGAUUUGUCAAAUAUAACUCCUAUUCCGGGCUCCUUUACAGACAGUCCGCAGUUUGCCGUGACCUCCAGGGCUGGUGGUAAGGUUUGGCUAUUAUUGAACAGGCAUUUUAAGACCGAAGAAACACUAGAAAUGGCUAGCCAGCUUCUAGAGUUUGAAGGGGAUAGCGGCCCCGGCUUUAUCAGUAUAUAUGUAUUCGAUAAAAAAGGCCAGAGAGUAUAUUUAAGCGAUGGUGCACUGCAGCGAAGUCCGUUUGUGGAUUCGCCAAACACUCUUGUACGGCUUGACAUGCCCGCAAACACAACAUAUACCGCUGUUAUUGCGGAACAGUCACUUCACCGCUCAGUUCAUGGUUUUUCGCUUUUCGGCUUUUCUACAUCACCCUUGAACAUUGCGCCAGCUGCUGAAAAGUACACUUAUGUUAACAAGUGCCAGGCAGCGUGGACGGUUUCUACAGCAGGUGGAAAUGCAGAAUCAGAGAAUUACCCUUCAAACCCACAGUUUAAGCUAAUAAUUGGCGAAACCUGCGAUGUCGCCGUGCUUCUAGACACCGACAACCCCGAACUAGCAACUCAUGUGAAGAUCUUUUGGUCCAAUGGGGCGAGAGUUUCUGAAGUCCGGUCUCGAGAUAUUAUAACUGACAGCGGGGACUACCGCCGUGGCGUAGCCUUAGCAGAAGAGGAUUCCAUGGUAAAAGGAACAUAUACUAUUGUAUGCUCGACAUUUGCACCAGGUCAGCUGGGAAAGUUUACCCUUCGAGUGUCAUCGACUCGUCCCUGUGACGUGAAGUCAUUACCGAAAGAAGGGGCCGGUCGCUUGAGCAUUAACAGUGGCCUUGGCCUAUUUACCCCUGGGACCGAUCGACUGCUAGCACCCAUCAAUGUCUCUCGCCUCUCUCGGCUUAAACUAAUUGCUCGACGGAAAGGGUCGUGGAUUGGACUUCGUCCCGUCGCCCCAUCCCCGAUUCUUAUGACCCUAGAGUUGGGGCAGGGCCCCUACAAGGAAAUCCUCGCCGCCUCGGGAGAUGGCGAUUUCAGCGACUCAAUUACUGGUGUUCGUAUCGAAAACGCCGAUCUACAGCCAAACAUGGGCUUUGGGGGCGGGAUUUGGCUUGUUGUCGAGCGCGUUGGAGGCCCAGGGGGCCAGGUUGAAGACCAUGUUGAGGUGGAAAUCCUUUCAGAGGAACGCGUUGAGAUUGGUGCCUGGGGCGUGGGCGAUGGUUAG